UUUUUCUUCUCGUCAAGACCAGUCUGUAGGUGAUCAAGUUUCAGGCGUUUCUUUUUAUGCUUGAUACGUUAGGUUAGGCCGGAGCAAGGAGUUUGGGGUAGCCAGGCAAGAGGGGAAGUGAUUGCGCUCGGCCACUGUGCGUGAGUUACAGCCGGGAAGUGCAUCUCUACUCUCUACUGCAUACUCCCAUUUGCUCCUAAACCUAGAGAAUUCACUUGAUAUCUGUUGGGUUGACAGUUGAUUUGACAGGGUGAAAACAUAGACCUGGAUUUCUACUUGGGGAAACUGAAAUAACGAAAAUGAACGAGACAGAGCACAUCCCGCUUGCAGAAUACGAUUUUGAGAGAAAAUUUGAUGAAAAGGGCGCUCUCGAAUGGAUGCAAGAAAACUGGUGAGUAGGCUACCAAUCCAUCCCUGGAUAAAAGAAUAGCCUAGCCUACGUGGUCUAAAGCCGGUGAAUUCCCUCCCUUCGCCGCCAAUUUUGGAUGGAUUGAGCUCUCAUCCAUACACUAUGUCAUGUAGGCUACACGGCUUGCUUCGCACCGCAAAGAGCCAUCGUUUACAGAUUUACAUGUGUAUCGAAGAGCGGAUACAAUUUGUUGUGUUAGUUUUGACUAUGCUACAAAGUAACGUUUAGUCAGUCGUUGAUACAUAAUGCUACUGUAAAUUGAAAUACUUUUUAUAGUUCUCCGGCCUCUUUUGAAAUGUCCUUGACGAUGCUACCAACUUAACUUCAGUUUUCAUGUGCAUGGUUAUAACCGGUUAUCUUUUAUUAACGUUAAUGACCUUUGAUCCAUCGCAUGAUGCAGAAGCCAUCCCCUCUGCUGCUUGUUACAUUGUUACUACAAUAUGACGUCAAACUCGAUGUAUAGCCUAUCUGCUGCUCACUUCAGUUUGUGUAACAUGCACGUGCAGUCACAUGCAAUGAAUGAUUACUAAAUAUCUAAUGUGAUGAUUACUGUAUUAAAAACAUAGGCAUAUAUACAAUAUAGGAUAUCAAUAGGCCUACAUUUAAUAACUUUUAAUAUCAACUCAAAGGCUCUCCCCAUUAAAUUAGUAUGGGCUACUCAGCACACAAACCAAAAAUGGUCUCAAGUGCUUCUCUUUGUGUCCAAUCAAAUGUGUGAAGACCAAGACAGACCACGUUUCUGCACAGACUUACUUGGGAUUUUCUAAACUUAAGAGACAGUCUCAGAGGCAAGAAAGCUGUCAAUGUGGAUUGAAAAAUUCCUGGAAAUGUGCAGUGUUGGCCAAAUAAAUUCACCCUGUUUCACCCUGCCCAUGCAUUCCUCAGAUCGAGCUCAUUUGUGUAGGCUACAGCAAAGCAUCAAAGUGGAGGAUAGCCGGAGUAGUCUAAAAGCACAUCUAGUGAGGCACACAAAACACCAAUGCUUUGCUUGCAUGUGACAUCCAGGCCUACCAUGCUGUGAUUAAUGGGCGAGACCUGCUUCAGCAUGCAUUCUGCUGAUAAGCCAAACAAGCUAGCUAGUUGAAUAGGCAGAAAUGUCUGCUUUCUGAGAACAUUUGCUCCCACAGGACCAUCCAUCCCUCUCUUGGCUCUCAGGCCCUCAUUUUCUCUCGUUCAAGGAGCAAAAUAAGGCCCACACAUUGUAUUUGACCUCCACCUCCAAAGGAUACAAUUACUACCGAUUCUCUCCAUUCUCCUUUUCCCUCUCUGUAAUGCCCAUCACACAUUCCCUGUAUCCCAAUGCAUAGCUAGUUAUGAUAAGGCAGUCUACUCUGCAUUGUUUGACACUCAGAAAUAGGGAGUGCACUACAUUGAGCCACUCCAGUUUACACAAGUGGCGCAGCGGUCUAAGGCACUGCAUCUCAGUGCUUGAGGCGUCACUACAGACCCCCUGGUUCGAUUCCAGGCUGUAUCACAACCGACGUGAUUGGGAGUCCCAUAGGGCGGCGAACAAUUGGCCCAGCGUCGUCCGGGUUUGGCCAGUGUAGGCCAUUUAGAAUUUGUUCUUAACUGACUUGCCUAGUUAAAUAAAGGUAAAAUAAAAAAACACAAAUGGAGGGGUUCACUGGAAUACUUGAGCGAUCCUCGCUAUAUGAGCCACGUUACAAUUCCCAACAAGUGUGUUAACCCUAAUGGCGCGAUACAUAGGUUGUUUGUCUUUCACGACAGUGACCCGGGUUCACUUCCCUGUGGCAAAAUGCAUGAAUAAAUCAACUUAGCUGUAUAAUAGUUUUACAUUUGUUUUUGACUAUCCGUAGACACAGUGAUGGUAUUGCACUUAAUGCUUCCCUAUAGAAUCCUUCAUCAGUUUAGUGAUGUUUGGGACAGAGAAUGACCACUGAAGCCUUACUGCCCUGUAUAUAGUCCUACUAAACUGGGUCAUCUGGUCUGUCAUCAAAAUAAACCCCCUCUGCAGUACACACAUCAUUGCUUUUUACUAUUCAGCCUUAUUCGCCUGAGUGCCUCAACUGACCUUUUGGUUAAAAAAAUUGUCCAGUCAGUGAUCUAUCUAGUAUUCUCAUUGCAACCCGCUUCCAGCUGUUUUCACAUUGCAUCACAGUUGAUUUUAGACGGGAGCGAUAUAUACUCAAUCUAAUUGCCUGAUUACCCACGGGCUGCAGUAGUAGAUGUUCUGGUUAGUAUGUCAACAUCUAAGUUUGGUUAAUCAUUGGUUCCAUGAUUACGAAUAGCGAUGGGGACUGUAAAAUAGAGGGGAUAGAGGGGGGAACAGCUCAUAAUAAUGUAUGGAAUGGAGUAAAUGAAAUGUUUGAUACCAUUCCAUUAACUCCAUUCCAUCCAUUGCACUGCAUUCCAGCCAUUAUUAUGAGCCGUCCUCCCCUCAGCAGCCUCCACUGUUAAUAGCCUUAUGUAACAUCAUCUGUAUAAUGACAGUAAGGUAUCAGUCUGUGGGAAUUUAGAUGAUCGGGUUUAGCUUAGCUCGCCUCGUGGCUUGCUGUGUGUGUACAUUCAGAGGACUGCCACCAAGUAAAAAGGAACUAGAAAUGUGAACUGCAGUGUCAAUCCUAAAAGUCGGCUAAGGACUGGUUCAUCCAUUCAGAAUGAUCAUUGAUCACAUAAAUGCAUGGUUGGAGUCUAAAAUACACUACCGGUCAAAGGUUUUAGAACACCUACUCAUUCAAGGGUUUUUCUUUAUUUUUUUUACUAUUUUCUACAUUGUAGAAUAAUAGUGAAGACAUCAAAACUAUGAAAUAACACAUGGAAUCAUGUAGUAACCAAAAAAGUAUAUUUUAUAUUUGAGAUUCUUCAAAUAGCCACCCUUUGCCUUGUUGACGGCUUUGCACACUCUUGGCAUUCUCUCAACCAGCUUCACCUGGAAUGCUUUUCCAACAGUUUUGAAGGAGUUCCCACAUAUGCUGAGCACUUGUUGGCUGCUUUUCCUUCACUCUGCGGUCCGACUCAUCCCAAACCAUCUCAAUUUGGUUGAGGUCGGGGAAUUGUGGAGGCCAGGUCAUCUGAUGCAGCACUCCGUCACUCUCCUUCUUGGUAAAAUAGCCCUUACACAGCCUGGAGGUGUGUUGGGUCAUUGUCCUGUUGAAAAACAAAUGAUAGUCCCACUAAGCCCAAACCAGAUGGGAUGGCGUAUUGCUGCAGAAUGCUGUGGUAGCCAUGCUGGUUAAGUGUGCCUUGAAUUCUAAAUACAUUUUUUCACAGACAGUGUCACCAACAAAGCACCCCCACACCAUAACACCUCGUCCUGCUUUACGGUGGGAAAUACACAGUCUCCUCUGAACAGUUGAUGUUGAGAUGUGUAUGUUACUUGAACUCUGUGAAGCAUUUAUUUGGGAUGCAAUUUCUGAGGCUGGUAACUCUAAUGAACGUAUCCUCUGCAGCAGAGGUAACUCUGGGUCUUCCAUUCCUGUGGCGGUCCUCAUGAGAGUCAGUUUCAUCAUAGCGCUUGAUGGUUUUUGCGACUGCACUUGAAGAAACUUUAAAAGUUCUUGAAAUUUUCCGUAUUGACUGACCUUCAUGUCUUAAAGUAAUGAUGGACUGUCGUUUCUCUUUGCUUAUUUGAGCUGUCUUGCCAAAAUAUGGACUUGGUCUUUUACCAAAUAGGGCUAUCUUCUCUAUACCCCUCCUACCUUGUCACAACACAACUGAUUGGCUGAAACGCAUUAAGAAGGAAAUAAAUUCCACAAAUUAACUUUUAAGAAGGCACACCUGUUAAUUGAAAUGCAUUCCAGGUGACUACCUCAUGAAGCUGGUUGAGAGAAUGCCAAGAGCGUGCAAAGCUGUCAUCAAGGCAAAGGGUGGCUAUUUGAAGAAUCUCAAAUAUAAAAUAUAUUUUGAUUUGUUUAACACUUUUUUGGUUACUACAUGAUUCCAUAGGUGUUAUUUCAUAGUUUUGAUGUCUUCACUAUUAUUUUACAGAGAAAAUAGUAAAAAUAAAGAAAAAACCUUGAAUGAGUAGGUGUUCUAAAACUUUUGACCGGUAGUGUAGAAUAAAGACAGCCUCCAGCUAUUUUUGUUUUUUUUUCCUGUUGAAAAGCAAUAUCCCAAGUAUAAAUACAGUAAAAUACACUCACUAAAGGGGGGGGGAAAUGUUUUGAGCAAAAUAGUGUUUUUUAGACAACUGCAAACUUCAAGGAGUAGGGCAUUCAAGGAGUUGGUCUGAUGGUGCCCACUGAUGUCAUCGACCUCCCCCUUUGCUUGAGGGAAAAUAGUAAUAGAGAAUAAAAGAGGUAAGCCCCUCCACUUGUGCCACAUCAUGAGGCACCUGGUGUUAAAUUAGGUGAAAAGGCGACUGGAGUAGGACUUUAAAGCUUGUCUGCAUUUCCACCCUGCUCUCAUCUAAAUCAUGGCCUAGGGCACAGGUAAGUACACUAAUCACUUAAGAACAGGUUUGAUGAUGUGUUUUUGUGUUUAUUUUUUCCUCAAUAGGAGCAAGUCCUUUAUGUUCUGUGGACUGUAUGCUGCGAUCAUCUUCGGGGUCCAACACUUCAUGAGAGAGAGGCCCAAGCUGAACCUGCGCCGACCACUUGUCCUCUGGUCACUCAGUCUGGCUAUUUUCAGGUGAAUGACACACACUGACCACUGUGUUGCAGUACUAUAGCUUUAUGUGUAUUCCUAAACAACAUCAAACUAUAAUCAAUCAUUCAAUAAAUUACUCAACCAAUCAGUGUGAGUGAAGCUCUAACUGAACAGUGGUGGUGGUUAGCCUCGUUAUCCUCCCUCAUCCUUGCUAACCUCAGCAUGGGAACUGUUGGCCACGAAGAUGUUUGUAGAUAGAGCUAGUUCUCUCUCAGAAUUAACAGGAAGUGGCCUUAUCACAGUGUUUAAAUGGACUAUUGAUUUAGGGGGUGACAUUUUCCUCUUCUAAACACACACAUGGAGUACGUAAAAACAGGGAUUUCUAGAGCGAUAUCUGAAAACUUCUCCUUUAUAACUCCUCUUCUUUAAGGACAUCCAUGAGCACUUUGGAGCAGGUUUUCAUCAAGGAUCUCUCUGUACUUUGCUCCGUUCAUCUUUCCCUCAAUCCUGACUAGUCUCCCAGUCCCUGCUGCUGAAAAACAUCCCCACAGCAUAAUGCUGCCACCACCAUGCCUCACCAUAGGGAUGGUGCCAGGUUUCCUCCAGACGUGACGCUUGGCAUUCAGGCCAAAGAGUUCAAUCUUGGUUUCAUCAGACCAGAUAAUCUUGUCCUUUAUGUGCCUUUUGGCCAACUCCAAGCGGGCUGUCAUGUGCCUUUUACUGAGGAGUUGUUCUGUCUGGUCAAUCUACCAUAAAGGCCUGAUUGGUGGAGUGCUGCAGAGAUGGUUGUCCUUCUAGAAGGUUCUCCCAUCUCCACAGAGGAACUCUAGAGCUCUGUCAGAGUGACCAUCGGGUUCUUGGUCACCUCCCUGACCAAGGCCCUUCUCCCCCGAUUGCUCAGUUUGGCCAGGUGGCCAGCUCUAGGAAGAGUCUUGGUGGUUCCAAAUUUCUUCCGUUUAAGAAUGAUGGAGGCCACUGUGUUCUUGGGGACCUUGAAUGCUGCAGAAAUGUUUUGGUACACUUCCCCAGAUCUGUUCCUCGACACAAUUCCUUUGACCUCAUGGCUUGGUUUUUGCUUGGUCUGUCUUUCCAAAUCAUGUCCAAUCAAUCUACCACAGGUGCACUUCAAUGAAGUUGUAGAAAUAUCUCAAGGAUGAUCAAUGGAAACAGGAUGCACCUGAGCACAGUUUCGAGUUUCAUAGCAAAGGGUCUGAAUACUUAUGUAAAUAAGGUAUUUAAGUUGUUUAUUUUUAAUACAUUUGCAAACAUUUCUACAAACCUGUUUUCGCUUUGUCAUUAUAGGGUAUUGUGUGUAGAUAGAUGAGGGAAAAAAAUAAUUGUAUCCAUUUUAGAAUAAGGCUGUAAUGUAACAAAAUGUGGAAAAGGUCAAGGGGUCUGAAUACUUUCCGAAUUCACUGUAUAAUUGGCUGUGAGCCAGGGUUGGGGUCAAUUUCAUUUCAUAUCCAGUUCAUUCAGGAAGUACACUAACAUUUAAAAAUGAUCUUCAAUGUUUUUCCAUGAAGAAAAUGUGGAAUUGGAAUUUGGUAAACUUUCUGAAUUGACUGGAACUGAAAUGGAAUUGACCCCAACCCUGCUGUGAACUCAGAUAUAUAUCCAACAACCAUAUGUAAUCCAGGUGAAGUCCCUAUACAAUGUACUAUAUAACGCUGUAAAAGUGCUUUAGAAAUGCUUUAGUUAUUAUUAAGGAGGAGUCAAGGAGUACACAUAACCUCAUUUUACAGCCCACAAUAGGGUGAGUUGUUUUAAUGUGCCACAGAGGUACAUCAUCAUCAUCUGCCCCCUGCUGUGCCAAACUUAAUCCUAAUCCCAGAGCCGUGGGCAUAACCUGCCCACUCAAUCCCACUGCCGGUGCACUUUAUAAUCCAUAUAUUCAUUACUGCACAAUAACGGCAACAUUCUACCACAUAGGUUUUUGAAGAGUAGACUACUGGCCUUUGUAAUAGAUAGGUAGUUACCAAUGAUGAGGUUGGUGUUAGGUUGUUACCAUAUACUGUAUAACAUAUAGAUAGAUAGUUACCAUUGAUAAUGUGGAGAAGGUUGGUGGUAACUAUAGAUAAUGUUGUUACAGAUAGUUAACGUUGAUAAUGGUGUUAUUGAUAGGUAGUUACCAUUGAUAACAUAGUUAUAGAUAAUUAGUUACCAUAGAUAACAUAGAUAGGUAGUUACCAUUGAUAACGUUAUGUUAAUCGCCCAUGACUGUGCAUUUUUCAGAGCAGCUUCAAUAUUUCCCUCAUUCUCAAAAUGUCAACUGUGUCUCAAGGCUCUCUUCUUGUGUUGUUCCCACUGCUGUUUGACUGGUGUUUAGUUACAUGAGUUUGGGGAUGUCUUCCUGGAAUAUCACUGGAUCAUUUUUACAUGACAUUUUUACAUUAUUUUCAUAGGGUGUCCAAACUGAAAUGACCUCACGCUGUAAGUAGCCACAGUGUGUUUCAGAUGAGAAGGAAAGCUACAAAUCUAUACAGUGUUUACUAACCAUACGCAUCCUGUUUACAAAGUAAGAGCAUGUGUGUCUAAGUCUUAAUGGAGGUCUAAAAUGGUUGGAGACAGGGGAAGGACAGCCAACUGGAGAUGUGACCCACUGAUAUGUCUUAUCUCUUAUCUUGGUUUCAGGUUUAGAGCGUCAUGGCAACUGUGACAGUUCAUAUAGUUGAGAGGUAUAUCACAUUGCAUCAUGGCACCGCAAAGCUGACAGUAUAUAAUAUAGUUGAGAGAUGUAUAUCGCAUUACGUUAUGAAAACCACAAAGCUUACAGUUCAGGUGUAUAAAAAUAUGAGCUGAAUUCGGAUGUUUACAAAACACCUACUUACAGUCCACUCUGAUCGACCAUGGGCAUUAUACUUGUGUUAAAAAGGUUUCGUAUACCGAUAACGUGUGUAAUUGUGAAUUCCCUAUAGUUAGACUAAGCAGAUUCACGUAACACUAUACAUUAUCUCUUUAGUAAAUCUAUAUGUGUUCCAUUCCACAGUAUCAUCGGAGCUGUCAGGACCGGUUGUUACAUGUUCCAUGUCCUCAACAAAAGUGGCUUUAAGCAGUCGGUGUGUGACACCAGCUUCUACAGCGCCCCUGUCAGCAAGUUCUGGGCCUACGCC